CAGCAUUUUGUUGGGACCCUGGACUUGGGGCACAUAUGCCACUUUCCAAAAGACAUUAAAGCAGGGCUUUCAGCCCAGGCUUGUCAGGAGGGAAGGUCCUUGAGUAGCUCCAUAAUUGGUACAAAAACAGGAAGGAGGGUGUAGGAGUCAGCGGUCAGUUUUUGUGGUGGAAAGAGAUCGCUGUGUUGGGUCCCAUGUUUUUUUCAACAUGUUUGUGAGCAACCUGGAAUAGGGAAUGAGCAAUGAGAUGACAGGGCUUGCCGAGACGAUUGGAUUACUCAAGUUCAUGGGGACAAGUGCCAGCUAGGAAGAGUACAGAAGACCAUUACAACACCGGCUGUUAGGCAGAUGAAAUUCAGUUUAGAUAAAAAUCAAGUUGUUGAUAGUGGGAAGGAAAGCCCCAAAUCCACAAACAAGAUUACACACUGAGCUGGCCACUCGCAGCAAUGCCUGGGGCUAUUUUGGAUAUUUCGUGCUUAAAAAACACGUCCAAUCAUCUUUGUGAGUGAGAAAGCAGAAACAAAGCAAGAAAGCCUUUUGCAGCUCUCCAAAUUGGCGUCUCACCCCCUCACAGUCCCUGUGUGCCCCCAGCCCCAGCAUCUCUGGAAGGGUUGAGGGGAGCUGGGGAAGGUCGGGAGGAAAGCAACAAGGAGGACCGAAGGCGUGGAGCUGUGCCUGGAUGACUAAGUGAGCUAGAAUUUCUCUGUUUAGAAAAUGUGCUGUAGGGUGGAUACGAUUCGGGCCUGUAAAGCUGUGGCUGGCAUGAAGAAGCCUCUCCAAUGUUCAUCCACCCUUUGAUGGUGAGGGUGAGGGCCCUGCUCAAGGCCCUGCAUGCAGGGAGAGAUGCUGCCCUCGCUCAUGGGCUCCCGAGUUUGGGGGCGGGGGGGGAAGCAGGGAUUUCACAGAAGCGAAACCUGCUGUGGGCUACAAAACAAAUGAACAGCAUAUCCCUCCUGGCUGGGAGGCUGGGAGAGCAGUCAGGGAGUUAGUCUAUGCCUGUGCCACUCUUACCCUCUCUUGGCACCUGCUUUUGCCCUCUGAUGGGGACAAGCUUUUGAGCCAGACCGGCCUCUGAUUUGACCCAGCUUACCUGCCCUUAUUUUGGGAGGGCUUACGUCUGUUGCAGCACUGCAGUGAUGGUGCACAAUCACGCACACUCAUACGUCUUGUGAAAUACAAGCACAUGUCCCCGCAGCUGGUGGCUGAAGGUGGAAGCAGGCAGGACGCUGCCCGGGAGGCUGGUUCCCUGGACCCUGGCAAAAGACGGAGAGCAGCCACGAGACUUGUUGGGACCUGUGCUGAUGCUUGCUGCACAAGAUGACAGCAAGAGACGGGCCCCAAGACAGGUACAAGGCUGUCUGGCUGAUCUUCUUCAUCCUCGGCCUGGGAACGCUGCUGCCAUGGAAUUUCUUCAUGACUGCCAGGGAGUAUUUCAUCGGCCGCCUUGCGGACCCAGACGAGACAAGCCAGUUGAGGAAUCUGACUGGUGGGGCUGUCAUGCCCCCCUCCUACCUGCAGUCCAUGUUUGACAACUUUAUGACGCUCUGCGCCAUGGUGCCCCUCCUCAUCUUCACCUGCCUCAACUCCUUCAUCCACCAGCGGAUUCCCCAGCAGAUCCGCAUCUCAGGCAGCCUGGUGGCCAUUGGGCUAGUGUUUUUAAUCACCGCGAUCAUGGUGAAGGUCCCCAUGGAGCCUCUUCCCUUCUUCAUCUUUACCAUGAUCAGCAUCAUCUUAAUCAACUCCUUCGGCGCCAUCCUCCAGAGCAGCCUCUUUGGGCUGGCAGGGCUCCUGCCUGCCAGCUACACGGCUCCCAUCAUGAGUGGGCAGGGCUUGGCGGGCACCUUUGCUGCUUUGGCAAUGAUCUUCAGUAUUGCCAUUGGCGCCCAGCAACCUGAGAGCUUCAUCGGUUACUUCACCACAGCCUGUGUGGCGAUCGUCCUGGCAAUCUUCUCCUACAUCCUUCUGCCUCGCAUGGAUUUCUUCCGAUAUUACUCCAUGAAGGACAAGACAGAGUACCAUGUGUACAACGCAGAGCUGGAGACCAAGAGAGACCUGAUUAAGAAAGAUGAGCCCAAUGGGAUGGAGCAGAAUAACUCAAAGGUCAUCCCUAUCCACAACCCUGAUGAGAAGCCCUCGGUCAUUGCUAUUUUUAAGAAGCUCUGGGUCAUGGCUCUGUCUGUCUGCCUCGUCUUCACUGUCACCAUCGGCGUCUUUCCUUCCAUCACAGCUAAGGUGUCCACUGUCCUCGGAGAGGGAAACAAAUGGGGUCUCUACUUCAUCCCUGUGUCCUGCUUCCUGCUCUUUAAUGUCUUCGACUGGAUGGGACGGAGUCUCACUGCCCUCCUCACAUGGCCCGGGAAGGACAGCUGCCUCCUGCCAGCGUUGGUGGCCCUCCGUGUCAUCUUUAUCCCCCUUUUCAUGCUGUGCAACGUGCAGCCCCGUAACUACCUGCCUGCCGUGUUCUCUCAUGACGCCUGGUACAUCGUCUUCAUGAUCUUCUUCUCCAUCUCCAAUGGCUACCUGGCCAGCCUUUGCAUGUGUUUUGGGCCCAAGAAAGUGCUUGCCCACGAAGCGGAGACAGCUGGAGCUGUCAUGGCCUUUUUCCUGUCACUGGGCUUGGCUCUGGGAGCUGCCGUCUCCUUCCUGUUCCGAAUUCUCAUCUAGCAGCAGCACCCAGAGGGUGCAGGGACACCGAGAGAUGGCUCCGCAUCCUCCUCCGAGGCCCUGGAUACCUCGGCGCCGUGGGGAGAUGACACCUCACGCCUGCCCCUGCCAAAUCACACUGCCACGGCAGACGUUACACCCAGGGACGGUUCCACUCCUGCAGGGUUGGCCUGGCUCCUGCCACGCUCGGCUGUGUGAUGCCUUCAGGCCUACGUGCCUUCUCCUUUCCCAUGCUCUGUGUGUGUGUGUAAGACCCUCAGGAUCUCACAGAGGUCCAGUCGCCUCCCAUGCUGCCUAAUUUCCCCAGCUCCAGGCCAAAAGCCAUUCUCAGCCUCCUCCUCUCUGACAGAGUUGGAGGCUGGUAUCCAGUGUUAUUCCCUCUCCUGCCCUUUUCCCUAAGCCAGCUAGGGAUUUGCUCUCCUCUCCUUCUGAGGUGCCUGGAAACAUCCCACACUUCUCCUGCUGGCGAGACUUGCAUACGGGUGGGAAAGCCCCCAGCCAGCCUCGCCAUCCCCGCUGUCUAUUAGGCGCACAUCGCCCUGCCCAGCACCAUCCCAGGGACAUAGACAUCUGUGUCCCACCCACAUAAAGAGCCAGCACCCUGGCUGGGCUGAGGGAGGAGGAGGAGGUCUCCACACCCCACCUUCUCCCCUGCCCCUCGCCUUUCUUCCCUACUUUUUUGUAAUUCUGCCAUUGUUUUCUUCCUGCCCCUCCGAUUGUGUGGCAGGAGGCCCUACCGCGGGCUGCAAGAGGAGGCAAUUCCAUUCCCGCACAGGCUGCCGCCCCUGCCUGCCUGUGCUGCAGGGGGAGGCCUCGCCUCGGCUUUCCCAUCCCUUGUCUGUGUAAACGUGUCUGUACAGUUGCCGUUUUCUAUUAAAAAAAGAAAAAAGACCAAAA